UAUUUCACGUGUCCGUACUACCCAAUGGGACCGUACGUGCGUACCUUGUCUCUUUGAAGCGCCUAAUAAAUGACGCAAUUGGCUAAAAUCUUUGCAAGUGCAUUCAAAAUCCAAGCUUAGUAAAGUUAACUCUUUAGGAAUGACAGAGAGUUGGAAUCACGCAGCUCUACUUGUAAUUGACAUGCAGAAAGAUUUUAUUGAUGAAGAGAGUCCUGUAAGAACAAAAGGAGGGAAAGAUAUUGUUCCAAACGUGAUUAAGGCUGUUGAAGUUGCUAGACAGCGUGGAAUUCUCAUUGUUUGGGCAGUACGGGAACACGAUCCCUUAGGAAGAGACGUUGAACUCUUUCGCCGACAUCUAUAUACUGCAGAGAAUGUUGGUCCUUCCUCUAUAGGAAGCAAAGGUGCAGAGUUAGUUGAUGGACUGGUCUUUAGAGAAGGAGACUAUAAACUUGUGAAGACAAGGUUUAGCGCAUUCUUUGCUACGCACCUUCAUUCAGUCCUUCAAGGAGCAGGGAUCAAUACAUUGGUUGUCACUGGCGUUCAAACUCCAAACUGUAUACGGCAAACUGUAUUUGAUGCGGUAGCAUUGGACUAUCAACAUGUGACUGUUCUUGUUGAUGCUACUGCAGCAGCCACACCUGAUAUUCAUCUUGCCAAUGUGAUUGACAUGAAAAAUAUUGGAGUUGCAACACCAACAUUACAAGAAUGGAGCGAAAUAAAAGCUUGAUCUGUAUGGACCAUGCAUUAUGCAAUGCAACUUUUUGUACCAUGUGUUUCACAUUUUCAAGAUUCAGAAGGGUUGAUAUCUUUUGGAUAGCUACUAAAAUGGAAAAUGAAAUAAAAUUAUGUAUGCUACUUUAAUUGGUUACCAUUGUUUUGUUUGCUAUAGUUUGUUUUGCGUUAACUCUUUUUAAGUUAGUUUCUUAUAACAAGACCUAUUCUUCAGGGAAUUGGAUAUUCUGUUUCAGCCA